AUGCAUUUGUGCUUGCCACCGCGUCCAUGUCCGUCUUCAGGACAAACUUCCUUUGCAAAUACCCGCCACCUAUUCAUAUUUUUCUUUGAGGACCAGUCCAAUUGUUCAGAGCAUCUCGACUUUGCCCUGCUUCUGCCCUUCACCUCUCCCAAUCUAGCCUUGCACCACAAAGUAGCAACUAUGGUACCUACCCCAUUCUCGGAAACACCAGAAGAAGAGCCCUUGGCUCCAACCGUUGUGGUUGUCACCCCUUAUUCUACUGGCUGCUGCAUAGCUAAGGAAAUCCAGAACAGGGGAUACAGGCUCAUCUGCAUGUGGUCUGCUGGAUUUUCGGAAGUGAUGAAAACACAUGUUCCCAAAUCAGCCGAUGGUCUCAUGUGGGACCUUGUCCUUGAUGAACAGGACACUUUGGAAGAUACGGCCAACCUAGUCUUGAGGGAAGCAGCAAGCCAUGGCAUGGAUGUCGUUUCUUGCAUCUGUGGUGGAGAAGCCGGAGUUGACCUUGCUGACGCUCUUUCUGAACACCUUGGAUUGCUCUCCAAUGGCACUGCAGUUGCCAAUCGCCGUGACAAAAAGGUGCAACAAGAACUCAUCAAAGAGGCCGGAUUACGCUCAAUCCGUCAAGUCGCUGGUACCAGCUUUACUCCCGAAGUGGAUGACUUUAUGCGCAAGGAGAGCUAUCCUGUAGUUGUAAAGCCCCUUGAUUCAGCGGGCUCUGACGGCGUGAAGAUGUGCAAAAGUUAUGAGGAAGCCAAACAUCAUUUUCUGUACUUGCUGAAUGAACACGACAUGGUGAAUGGAGGGGAAUGCCAUGAAGUGCUUUGCCAGGAGUUCCUGAAGGGGACCGAAUAUGUGGUGGAUUGCGUCAGCCGUGAUUCCGUUCACAAGACCGUGAUGGUUUGGAAGUAUGAUAAGAGGCCUGUAAAUGGAGCAGCCUUUGUUUACUUUGGUGACAUUCCAGUUGACUCUGAGACUGAAGAAGCCAAAGUGCUCAUCCCCUAUGCCCGCCGAGUCCUCGACGCGCUUGGCUGCGCUCACGGUCCCAGCCACGGCGAGAUUAUCAUUACCGAGGAUGGUCCCUGUUUGGUCGAGAUGAACUGCCGUGCCCAUGGCGGAGAUGGCAUUUGGCAACCCCUCUGUCGCGCCUUGACGGGAGGCUACAAUCAAGUGGACGCUACCGUCGACGCCAUUUUGGAUCGUGAAACGUUUGACCGUCUCCCCGACAAACCCGUGAGCCCCUUUUUAUCGAAUGGUCAAUGCGUGGAUCUGGUCUCCUACAAGACGGGCACCGUCAAGGCGACACCCGGCUACUCCAUUAUGCGGCUGUUGCCUUCAUUUGUGUGCAUGGAGUCCCAUAUUCGCCCUGGCUCCAAAGUGGUUCCGACGGUGGAUCUGGCAUCGGAUGCCGGCACACUGGUGGUCAUGAACGCCAACAAGGAUGUCUUGGCCCGCGACAUUGCCCUGAUUCGUCAAAUGGAGACUGCCAGUGUGCUCUUCCAACUCGAAGACGAAGACGAACAAAAGGAAGCCAUGGUCAUUCAAAAGGUGUUGGAGAAGCAAAAGUCUGCUGCGAGCACUUUGGGCCGCCCUCGUUCCAAGUCGAUCGAGACCUCCACAACUCGCCAUCGCCGUUUAGUCUCCCACGAUACCCCCGCCAUGUUUAUGGCUGCAAAACAUAUUUAG